AUGGCUACCAACGAUAACCCGGGUAACUUUGCCAAUCGCCCCAAGGAGGACGUCAAGGCUGCGGCGCAGAAGGGUGGAGAACACUCGCAUGGUGGUGGGUUUGCGUCUAUGGAUGCAGAGAAGCAGCAUGAUAUUGCGUCCAAGGGGGGAAAGGCGUCGUCGGGCAGUUUUGAGCCGGGGAGCGAGAAGGCGAGGGAGGCGGGGAGAAAGGGGGGAUCUUCAUCUUGA